UUUGAUCUAGUACUUCUACUGUGAGAUAAUGGCCAGAACCAAGCAGACGGCUCGUAAAUCCACCGGCGGUAAAGCCCCGAGGAAGCAGCUCGCUACUAAAGCCGCCCGGAAGAGCGCCCCAGCCACCGGCGGCGUCAAGAAGCCCCAUCGCUACAGGCCCGGGACCGUGGCUCUGCGAGAGAUCCGCCGCUAUCAGAAGUCCACCGAGCUGCUGAUCCGCAAGCUGCCCUUCCAGCGUCUGGUGAGAGAAAUCGCUCAGGACUUCAAGACGGACCUGCGCUUCCAGAGCUCCGCUGUCAUGGCGCUGCAGGAGGCCAGCGAGGCUUAUUUGGUCGGUCUGUUUGAGGACACCAACCUGUGCAGUGUAGCUGAGAUGUCUGGAAGAGGCAAAGGCGGUAAAGGUCUCGGGAAAGGAGGCGCUAAGCGCCACCGAAAGGUCCUCCGGGAUAACAUCCAGGGCAUCACUAAACCCGCUAUUCGUCGUCUGGCGCGCCGCGGCGGCGUCAAGCGCAUCUCUGGUCUGAUCUACGAGGAGACGCGCGGCGUGCUGAAGGUGUUUCUGGAGAACGUGAUUCGAGAUGCUGUGACCUACACGGAGCACGCUAAAAGAAAGACCGUCACCGCCAUGGAUGUGGUGUAUGCUCUGAAGCGACAGGGACGCACUCUGUACGGAUUCGGAGGAUAAAAGCCUUUAAACCACAAACCCAACGGUUAAGAGCCACCCACGAUUUCACA